AUGAAGGCCAAAAAACAGGGAGGAAAGAAAGCAAUAAAGUCCAUAGGUACAUCAGUAAUUCCCCAACCGCUAACGCAACACCAGCAACACGCUCAACCUCAACAACCGUCCCAUGCUUUAAGUAGCCAGAGUUCCUUGUCCAUAUCUCGUAAUAAACAUUGGAAAUAUAUUUCUUCUUACCAUGGUCCAUGGCUUCAACUUCCUUUGGAACUUCUCGAAUCUCUCUAUGUGAUCAAUAACGAUAGUGUGGCAACUCCUCCUCCUCCUAUCGAUCCUAUCAUUUUUGGUAACUUGAUAUCGAUUCGUCGUUUAGUUGAUGAGGCAGCUGAUUUAUCUGUCAGAGCCGCUUCCGGCAUAUCAACUACUGGAGGUGGGCCUACGAGGAGCUCGAUGUCCCACACGCGACAACAUAGGAUGCGCGAGCUGGCGGUUAAUAAACUGGCGCUUGCAUAUCGAAUUGAUGAAAUAGCCACUGCAGUAGUAACCAUGCAAUCAGCCAGCGCGAUUGAUGAAGUUGCUAGCAGAGUCUUGAAGAAAAAUGCUACAAAUUUGGAAGCGUUGUACGUGAAUUUUUUUCACGAAAAAAUUCCAUCGAGGUAA